AAAAUUAUCAAAGAAGCGGGCGAAAACGGAGGGAGAGAGGCAGAGAGAAGGAGAUGGCUAUAAAUUUGUUGAAAACUGCACCUAAAGUUCAGAGCUCCAUUACUUCAAAGCCUUCCGCCUCUCUGUUCUUCACAACCAGAAGGUCCUUCUCCGUCCCCUUGUAUUCCCCACUUGCGUUGGCUGUUUCUUCGAUGUCUUACGAGAAGGAGCUCGCGGCUGCGAAGAAAGCGGCCUCUCUCGCUGCUCGUCUAUGCCAGAAAGUGCAGAAGGCGUUGUUGCAAUCUGAUGUUCAAUCGAAAUCAGAUAGAAGUCCAGUGACUGUAGCCGAUUACGGUUCACAGGCGCUGGUUAGUUUUGUACUGGAAAGGGAACUCCCUUCUGUACCUUUUUCAAUGGUAGCUGAGGAGGAUUCAGGAGAUCUACGAAAAGAGAGUGGCCAGGAAACAUUACAUCGCAUUACCGAACUUGUAAACGAAACACUUUCCAGUGAGGGAUCAUACAGUGCUUCAACCUUAACGGCAGAAGAUGUGCUCAGGGCUAUUGACAAUGGGAAAUCAGAAGGAGGUCCUACUGGUCGACAUUGGGUUUUGGAUCCCAUAGAUGGCACCAAGGGAUUUCUAAGAGGGGACCAAUAUGCUACUGCAUUGGCAUUGCUUGAUGAUGGGAAAGUAGUUUUGGGUGUCCUAGCCUGUCCAAAUCUUCCCUUGGAACCAAUUGGUAGCAGUAAUCAGCAUUCUCCACUUGGAGACGUCGGUUGCCUUUUCUUUUCUACCGUUGGUGCAGGAACAUAUAUGCAGUCGCUUGCUGGUUCUACAUUAACAAAGGUGAGUGUCAGUACCACUGAAAAUUCUGAAGAAGCAUCCUUCUUUGAAUCAUAUGAAGCUGCUCACUCUCUGCAUGACCUCACUAGCUCCAUUGCACAAAAACUUGGUGUUAAAGCACCACCCGUUAGGAUCGACAGUCAAGCAAAAUAUGGCGCCCUUUCCCGAGGAGAUGGAGCCAUAUACCUUCGUUUUCCUCACAAGGGCUACCGUGAAAAGAUUUGGGACCAUGCUGCCGGAUGCAUUGUUGUUAGAGAAGCUGGUGGAGUGGUUACGGAUGCAGCUGGGAAUGCAUUGGAUUUCUCAAGAGGAAGAUAUCUGGAUCUGCACGAGGGUAUCAUUGUUACGAACCAGAGACUGAUGCCAUCACUCCUCAAGGCAGUUCAAGAAGCUCUUCAACAGAGAACUUCUUCAACCUUGUGAUUUUUCUUACGCUUGAUUCUGUUCACAUUGUUUUCAGCUCUGAAUCCUUUUCUUCCACCCUCCCAGCUCUUCCCUCAAUUGAAGCUUUUUUGAACUUCAACUGAACAAAUCUCAUCAUUAGCAAUAAAACAUUCUGUAGUUGGGUUAUGCCCUCUUUUUAUGAUCAUACCAUUAGACUAAGUAAUGCCGGAAUUUUGAGGUUUUGGAUUCAAAUAUUCUGGUGGUAUAGCAAAGAUUUCAAGCUCAAAUGAAACUCAGUUCUUUAAA